AUGCAAAUUUUCAGCUCAUCUGAGAGAGGUACAUUUAUUUGGUUCCGCCUGGUGGACUCGUUUUGUCCCAUGACUGUGACGGAGUCCCCGGACUGGGAGGCCAACUGCACGCUAUGGAACAACGUCACUUUCUGCGGGCCCACGCCCUCGCCCACGCUGCACUACCUCAACAUCUCCAAGGAGUACCCCCUGGAGUACGCCCGGCCCAUGUACGGCUUCAUCACCCCGGUGUUCCUGGUCAUCACCAUCGUGGCCAACACGCUGAUCGUGGUGGUGCUGUCCAAGCGGCACAUGCGCACCUCCACCAACGCCGUCCUCAUGGCCAUGGCCCUCUCCGACAUGUUCACCCUGCUGUUCCCCGCGCCCUGGCUCUUCUACAUGUACACGUUCGGCAACCACUACAAGCCCCUGUCCCCCGUCAGCGCCUGCUUCGCCUGGACCGCCAUGAAUGAGGUGCUGCCCGCCAUGUUCCACACGGCGUCCAUCUGGCUGACGCUGGGGCUGGCGCUGCAGCGCUACAUCUACGUGUGCCACGCGCCCGUGGCGCGCACCUACUGCAACAUGCCGCGCGUCCUCAAGUGCAUCGGCGUCAUCUUCAUGGCGGCCGCCUUCCACCAGGCGCCGCGCCUCUUCGACCGCGCCUACCGCCCCGUCACCAUCAACUGGGAGGGCAACCCCAACGUGGUCGUCUGCAAGGUGGACAUGGCGUGGUGGGUGACGCACUUCCUCACCAUCGACGUGUACUUCUUCAGCUACUACAUGUUCCGCGUGCUGUUCGUGCACCUGCUGCCCUGCAUCUCGCUGGUGGUGCUGAACGUGCUGCUGUUCCGCGCGCUGCGCCAGGCGCAGGACAAGCGCGCCACGCUGCUCAAGGAGAACCGGAAGUCCGAGUGCCGCAAGCUGCGGGACUCCAACUGCACCACGCUCAUGCUCAUCGUGGUGGUCACGGUGUUCCUGCUGGUGGAGAUCCCCCUGGCCGUCGUGACCAUCCUGCACAUCAUCUCGUCCAGCGUCAAGGAGAUCCUCAACUACACCAUCGUCAACACGCUCAUCCUGUUCACCAACUUCUUCAUCAUCGUGUCCUACCCCAUCAACUUCGCCAUCUACUGCGGCAUGUCGCGCCAGUUCCGGGAGACGUUCCGGGAGCUCUUCCUCAACGGCAACAACGGCCCCACCAAGACGCGGCGCGGCAAGCGCCUCAACAACCGGCCGACGGGCGGCGGCGCCGAGUCCUCGCACUACACCCUGGUGCACAACGGGCCGAACGGGCCGCGCUCCUGCACCGAGACCGCGCUGUAGGCCGGCUGUGUGUGCGAGGGUAGAAUGUGUGAGUGUGUUGGUUUGUGUGCGUGUGUGUAUUGCGAGAGUGUGUGUGUGUGUGAGUGUGUGUGUGUUAGUGUCGGUUAGUGUGCUGCUGAGCUGUCAAAUAGCUGGAGUCAGGUUUGCCCGCGGUUGACGUUUUUCAAUGGAAAGACUGCUGCAGUUUUAGGAACACGUUGUGACUUACUUCGCCACCAACUAUGAAGAAAAGCAAGCAGGGCUUUCUGAGUAUUUUUUUUUUUUUUGCUUUGUAAAUAAAUGCGCGUCGGGCAUGUUUGCCUCUGUGUUGAACGGCAAAAAAGCACGGCAUGACAGUACGUAUCUGCGGACAGUCUUUGGCGGGAAGACCAUGGCUUGUCCUUCCAAUUGGGAAUAGGGGUUGGUAUGUUGUGAGGUAUGCGACUCAAUAAAAACGUGGUUUCGUUUUGUAAUCAAUUUGUCCUACUUGUUUAUUGGAGGGUGUACCUACUGACGUCAUAUCAGACAAGAAUGCUGGCAUACCAAAACGAAUUUAACAAUAUUUUUGUUGUUGUCUUAACUAUUUUGCAUUGUGUAUAUAGCUUGCGUGAAAGAUUUGUGAAAUGCCAUAUUUACGACAAAAAAUGUUAUUGACUGUGAAUUGAAAUUGUGGAUAUUGUUGAAAUUGUAAACAUCCCAUUUUAUUGUUGUUAUGUUUUUUUUUUAUUUUUUUUUUUAUUUUUAAGAAAGCAGCGGUGUACAGAAAAAAUGCGUUUGACGCGUCCAGAUGUCUGUAGUCCACUGAACCACUACCUUUCCCAUCAAUAUAAAAUAUGUGUUAACACUCAGCCAAGUUUUUCCCCGUUCAUAUAAAAAGACUAUAAUAGAGCGCAGAGUCAAUGACACACUUAUACUUUGCUUCUGUUUCUAUGCUUAUAUAUACAUCGCAGACUCUAUUUUGCUCCGCCGGGACUAUAUGAUUAAUGUUACGUUUUGUGUACUUAUUGAAGAUUUUACUACGAUACAAGAUAAAAAUUGAAAUAUAACAUGAUAUAUUCUCGUCAUCACGAUGCGUUACUUUAAAUAUAUUAAGAAUUGUUCUAGACUAGUAAAUGGCAAACAUUUGUGUGCUCUUAGACUAUGAAUGUUCCUUGAGUACGUUUGGAAACUGCCGUGUGUGAUUUGUGACUUAAUUCUGCGAGUGUGUCGGGGUGCUUGGUAUACAAAUCUAGAAUUUAGACCAUGCAGUGUUUGCAAAUGAACGCGUGUUAUGGUGUUCUUCCUUUAACUGUCACAAAAUGAGAAGAAAAUUUAACUAUAUAGUGCCAUGUAGUCACGAUUCCCUGCGUCCAGACUCCUCCUCUCGGGCGACCGGAGGAAUAGAGAACUGAGAGGAAGUAACUUUGCAUUGAAGGGCGAGGAGGAAUUCAUUUGAUUGCCUGUCCUUACGAAACGUUUCAAAAAUGUUUAAAGCCCUGUUGUCUUCUUCCCUGUCUCUAUUGGAUGUGACUGAAUCACAUGGCACGGGUCUUACCUCCCCAGUGCUUAGAUAUGUGUUUUUAAGAAGUAGUUAGGUGGAUGCCCAGUUACUAACUUAGAUAUCUGACAAAAAUGUCCGACGGCACGUGUGUGCGAUGCCAAACCCCUCUUCAUUUAAUGGCUUCUUUUAGAGAAACUGUCUCUAAAAUCAGAGCACGUCUAUUUGCUCAAAUUUAGCUCUUCCCAUUUCAAGUGGGCGCUUCGUUACUGUGGUCGUUGAUAAUAUUUUUUCAAGUCAAAUACCUUGUUUUCACUCUUAGAACUUUCUGUCGGUUUUUUCUGAUGAUUUCUUGUUUGUUCUAAAAUGAAUGUAAAUAGCUCCAUGUCGUAUAUGUCGAUUUCUUUUUCAAUGUCAUAUUGCACAAACAUCGCCAAGCUGUUGGGAGUUUGUAAUCUCGAAUAAUACAUUCUGUUACCCUGAGGUGAGUGGGUAAUUUACACCUACAAUGUUGUUCAUUUCUUCUGAAUGUAUUGCCAGGUUUUGGAGCCUAAGUUCGCGCUUGAAACAACUCAGACAUUGUAAUGUAUUACCAAUUUUAUGAGCAAAAAUUGAACGACGCUUUGCGCGGCUUCUUCAAUCAAGUCAUUGGUUGCGAUAUUUGAGUUCGAUUGGCUGGGCCAUUUUGAGACGGGCAUAAACAGUAUAUGAAAUCAAAGCUUGAGAAGCGUUUACAAGAUUCGCUCCGAUAGUGCCGCUGUGUAAGACCUCGUGUGUUGCUAUACGUAAUUUUUUGGACACACACGAGGACGACCUCGGUGCACUCUGGGGGGCUCGCACCAACUUGUUCUGACAUUGUGUGAUGGCUGGUUGUGAUUAUGUUGAUUGUGAUGUCGAUGGCUUUGAUAUGUUUAGGCAUAAUAUAGCUAUGUCUAUGAAUAUGAAUAGGUACAUCGAGCCACGAAGCUGUUGCUGAGACUGUGCAAUGAAUAUAUAUGAAUAAAUAUAGAGGAACAAAAUAAACUUCUCCAAAAUUAUGAAA